AUGCCUUUCCCCUCCAAGACGGCCCUCAUAACCGGCGCGACCUCGGGUAUAGGCCUCGCCCUUGCGGAGCGCCUCGUCGCCAACGGCACCUUCGUCAUCGCCGUCGGCCGCCGCGGCGACCGCCUCGACGCCCUCGUCUCUGCCCACGGCCCCGAAAAGGUCGCCGCGGAGCCGUUCGACGUCACCGACCUCGAUGCCCUGCCGGGAUGGGUCGAGAAGUGA